GAGAAUAAACAAACAAUACUUUACACUAAAAACACAAAAGCUCACUUCUUUCUUUGUUCCUUCAACUUGCAAAGGUUAAUGUUCUUCAACACAGAUCCAGCAGACUCUCUUAUUCAUCAUCAUCAUCAGCAAUGACUUGUAGAUUGCUUCAGAUCCUCAUGAUCUCUUCUUUCCAUCUCAUUUAUCUAUCAACUCAACAAGAGAUAAAGUUUCUCUACGACAACUUUGGAGUGCAAGAAAAUCUUUAUCUUGAUGGAUCUGCAACAGUCCUUCCCAGUGGAUUGCUGCAGCUUACAAACGCUGGAAAUCAUCAGAUGGGUCAUGUUUUCUACAAGAAACCAGUUAAGCUCGCUUCUUCUAAACCGCUCUCUUUCUCAACACACUUCGUUUGCGCUUUGGUUCCUCAGCCAGGGCAUGAAGGUGGCCACGGCAUGGCCUUUGUUGUAUCUCCUUCUAUGGAUUUCUCUCAUGCAGAAACAACUAGGUACCUGGGGAUCUUCAACGUGUCUAAAAGUGGAUACCCUUCUUCUGAUGUGCUUUCUGUUGAGCUUGAUACUAUUUGGAAUCCAGAUUUUGAAGAUAUAGACAAGAACCAUGUGGGGAUUGAUGUCCACAGUCCUCUCUCCGUAGGAAUAGCUUCAGCUUCUUACUAUUCAGACAUAGAGGGGAAGAACGAAAGCAUAAACCUACUGAGUGGAAAGCCAUUACAGGUGUGGGUGGAUUAUGAAGGCACUUUGCUCAAUGUCUCAAUAGCUCCUCUUGAAGUUGAGAAGCCAAGCCGGCCUCUGUUGUCACAACCCAUCAAUCUUACCGAAGUUUUUCCUAAUAGUUCAAGACUUUUUGUUGGAUUCUCUGCAGCAACAGGGACAGCUACUAGUUACCAGUAUGUUCUUUCGUGGAGUUUUUGCACAGACAGAGGAUCUUUACAGAGUCUUGACUUGUCAAGACUCCCUGAAGUUCCUCCUCCAAGAGCGGAACAUAAGAAUCUAUCUCAACUGUUCAUUGUCUUGCUUGGUUUUGUGGCUACCAUGGGGUUAGGUGUUCUCAUAGGAGUGUAUCUUUUUAGGAGGUGCAAGUACGCAGAAGUGACCGAAGCAUGGGAGAAGGAGUUCGGUGCGCACAGAUUCUCUUACAAGUCAUUAUACAAAGCAACAAAAGGGUUUCACAAAGAUGGGUUUCUUGGAAAAGGAGGUUUUGGAGAAGUGUACAGAGGAACUCUCAUGCUAAGCAGAGAGAUAGCUGUGAAGAGAAUGUCUUAUAACGGUGAUGAAGGUGUGAAGCAGUUUGUGUCUGAAGUGGUGAGCAUGAGAUGUCUGAAACACAGGAACCUUGUUCCACUUCUUGGUUACUGCAGGAGAAAGCAUGAGCUUCUUCUUGUCUCUGAGUACAUGCCUAAUGGUAGUCUUGAUGAGCAUUUGUUUGAUGACCAGAAACCAGUACUCUCUUGGCCCCAGAGGCUUGUGAUCCUUAAGGGGAUAGCUUCUGCUCUUUGUUACCUUCACACAGGUGCUGACCAAGUUGUUCUGCACAGAGAUAUCAAAUCUUCAAACAUUAUGUUGGACGGUGAGUUCAACGGAAGGCUAGGGGAUUUUGGUAUGGCAAGGUUUCAUGACCAUGGAGGGUAUGCACACCCAACAGGAGCCGUUGGAACCAUAGGGUACAUAGCGCCAGAAGUAAUAGAUAUGGUAGCUAACACUGGAACUGAUGUGUAUGCCUUUGGUGUUUUCAUGCUUGAAGUAACAUGUGGGAGGAGACCUGUGGAACCACAGUUACAAUGUGAGAAACGGCUUCUGAUCAAAUGGGUUUGUGAGUGCUGGAAAAGGGAUGCUCUGCUUGAUGCUAUUGACCCGAGACUGGGAGAUGAAUACUCGCAAGAGGAAGUAGAGAUGGUUAUGAAACUCGGUUUGCUAUGUUCAAGUACAGUGCCGGAAUCAAGGCCUACGAUGGAACAAGUGGUCUUAUACUUAAACAACAGCCUGCCUUUGCCAGAUGUUUCACCAUAUACUGUGGGUUUAAGCAGUCAUUCUUCGGUUCUGAUCGAUGCAGCCUCUCUUGUAGCUUCAAGGAGCUGGUCAGCUUCCUCCUCCAUCUCUUCUUCCUUGGCCAAAAGCUCCCCUUCAAAAGAAUAAGCCGUGGUUAAGACAUACAUUGGAUUAUAUAAGAUCGUUAGUCAUAGGUAAACACCAAAUGUACAUAGCAGAAAGCAGAUUUUCUAGCUUUCAAGAUUGUGUUAUCUCUCUCUCACUUUGUCUUAAGAUCAAUGAAUUUUUCAGAAAAUAAUUUGCAAUCUUAUCCCUUAUUGGUUUAAACCC